AUGACCGACCUUCAGGAGGACCUCGGACCAACUCUAUGGGUGGUGAACACGAUUUUCAUUGUGCUGGCCACAUUCGCCGUUAUUGCCCGUUUCAGUGCUCGACGACUGCGAAAGUUAUCCCUCGGCGCAGAUGACUGGAUCAUCUGCGUAGCCCUUUUCUGGGAUUGGAUAUUAUAUGGGAUAUUCGUGGGAUGUCGAAUUAAUGGCCUCGGCAAGCACCGAGCAACCCUCUCACCAGAAAAAGUCGCUAUAUUCUCCGAACUCCUCUAUUUCUUCCAGAUCUUCUACGUGCUCGGCCCCCCGAGUGUGAAGCUAGCAUUGCUUUUUCUAUACCGACGCAUUUUCGAGCAUUCGAGUUUCUUACGACUUGUCAACGGCAUGAUCGUUCUGAUCUCUAUAUGGGCAAUUGUGAUGGUUUUCCUUGCUAUUUUCAAUUGUAAUCCGAUUAGCGCCUUCUGGACAACGGAGGGAACUUGCUUGGACUUUAAGCAAUUUGCUGUCGCCUAUGCAAUUGUAAAUAUUAUCACUGAUUUUGCGGUUUGGUUGAUGCCAAUUCCCAAAGUGUGGAAGAUCCAGCUUCCAAAACCACAGAAGAUCGCUCUGUCCCUGAUUUUUGCAUUGGGUCUUUUUGAUUGUGCUGCAGCCAUGGCUCGCCUUCUCCUCUCGAUGCUUGUCCUGGGUGAGUACGACUCCACAUGGCAUUAUGCAAAGGGAUACAUGUGGUCCAUUAUCGAACUUUCAACAGGCAUUGUCUGCACAUGUCUGCCAACGAUGCGAGUACUUUUGAAGACAGCCUUCGGUGGAGCUUUUGCAAGAAUCUUCGGUAUGUCGAGCGGGAAGGCCAGCCACCAGCCAUCAAGCAAUACGCCGUGGUCUGGAAAAAAAGAUGAUUAUAAUAAUACUAUUGGGGAGGUAAGGUCAGAGGAGGACUUUUCCAAUAUCCAUUGUACAUACAAGGUUUCGGAAUUGGAUGACGGAGACUGGGAAACAAGCUCACAGCGAAUCCUGGUGACCGAGGAGGUAAACAUUGAACUUCAGCCAGUCAAGCAAAGGGCAUCUUUAAAGGUACCUUAA